AUGAAGUGGAUCGCCCUAGUUGUGAGUGUGGCGGUAUGUCUGGUCGCGGCAGAAGAUCUGCCGGCUUCUGAACGGACGCCGACGCGGCUGCCCGUCAGAGUGACGAAAGAAGGCGUCGUGACGCCGGCGGCCCUCGCUGGAGAUCUGCCGCGGUUCCAGUCCGACUGCUCCGACCCUCACAACAAGGACAUCGUCUGCUCCGUGCAUCUGGGUUUGUCUUUCUUCCAAAAUGAUGCUAUUCAUCAGAAAUUAACGAGGUCUGAAAAGCAGAUGGAAAGAAACUUGAAAAAGAGCAUAAGAUCCUUCACAAGAGGAUGUGGGAGAUGAGAAGAUCAGCUUUUCAUUCGAGUUCGAACUCCUUUUUUGUUUCAGAAUGAAGAUUCGUAUUUUCCCAGAGCCUAUACUUAAUAAAUAUGUUUUUGACGGCUUCUCUUUCAAGCCCACGCUUCAAAAAACUUGAGACGAAUCUGUUGAAAAUUAUCUUAUUAAAAUUUAUAUUUUUCCUACCUCUGAAAACAGAUUAAUCUUUGACCUUAUCUCUGCACCCGACCUCCUUUUCCCAUUGACAAUUAAUAUGUUCCUCGCUUUUCUUUCAAAUAUAACCACUAAUAAAUUCAGAAUACUUCUCGAUUUAAUGCAAGACGUAGUGAAUUUAAUUUUUUUUUUGAGCCGUCAAUUUUUAAGAUCCGAGACGACUGCAAAAGGUCAAUUUAGAAAAAAAAAACUCUAUUCUUCUCUAAUUUUAUCUACUUCAAAUUUAUUUGCGGAAGGCUAGUUCCAAAAAUAGUUUAGAUUAAUGCGAGGAGAAGUGGCUCUCGAGAGGAUUUUGCCGACGCCUACAGAACUAUCCCAUGUAAUAUUGAAACAAUAAUCUUUAUGAUGCUUUUCACUUUUUCUGCACAUUUUUUAUUGAUUUUCUGCUCCUAAUCAAUAACAAGUCGAGGAUAUAAAAAAGAUUUAUUCUAAGCAGUUCUACAAGCAAAAAAGCUAUCUUUAAUCAGCCAGAAAGACGGUAUUAAAGUAAGCAAAUGAAAUGAGAAAAAUGAAAAACUCAUCUCGAUCCUUUUAAUUUUUGAUGUAUGAUGCUCUUCUUGAUCCGUGUCAGAGGGAUUAGUUUUCUUUUUUUUGCUCAGGGUUUCUAAUUGCAGUUGUCUACCGGAAAUGAGAUUUCGAGAGUUGCAAAAAAAGGAGACUUUACAAAGAGAUGAUUUUCAGUGGAAUGUGAAGCGAGACUGUUUGAAGACGUGCCUUCUGGUCAAGAGCCUCCGGAAGCUCACGACGUCCGCGUCGAGGCGUUCGCAAAAGCGAAGGCGCGAAGAGAAGGCGUUCAUGUGCUGCACGUCGACAUCUCCUGGCAACUGCCUCCCAAGAGUUCGUUUUCCUCCUUGGGUAGCUCUUUUGAACUGUGUGUUAGCGUCGAAAAAAUUUGGUGAGGUUAUGUUGAGGACGUUUGAUUAUUAAAUUUGAAUUGAAAGCACCGUUUUAGGCAGCUUCUAGCUCCUACUCUGACGAUCAGUCGAAAUCUUGCAGCCCAAAUACCUUCUUUUUAAAUUUGAUAUCUCUCAUGUUUUUGAAUCUCAUGGUAGCAAAAACAAAGAGAAAUUUUAUUCCAUAUCAAGAGUAAUCAUAUUUUUGAGAGGCAAUCACAUCAUUUCUUCUGAACUUCAAGUCGUGCUCCUGUCUCAACAAAACUUUCUGAACUUCAGACAAUUCGGCGCUGCUCAGAGCGUUCAAACUUCAAGUUUCUGGGGGAGGAGAGACGUCUUGUUUUGUAUUCAACGUCUCAGACAGCAGCGAAGAAAUCGCCUCGGUAUUUCUGGGCAAAGUUGCUCUGAAUAACUCGGCGAUUCUAGCCUCGCUUCCACUUCACUUCGGAGACGAUGUUCGGCUUCGCCAAGAAUUACUCAAUCGCCAUUAUCAGUUUGCCUUCGUCGGCGUCCAAGACGCCAAAAACAACCAAAAUGGCUAGGAUGCCUGAAGAUCCAGGUAGACUUUUCGAAUCAACUGUGAAUGGAAGUUUUCUUCCAGAAGUUUUGAGCUCACAAACCGUCAACAACACUGCCGAGUACUGCAAAACACAGGGUCAGUGAAUCACUAUUACAUUCUGCAAGUUAUGAGUAAUCGCGGAGAAAAUUUAGAAUUCAAAGCUAGUGUAGGUAAUUCACCCAGGCUCUUACAAAAUAUUUGGCUGAAAAAUAGAAAAGAGUAAACGCGUUCAUUGUGAAAUGGCAGAUGACCAUCCAAGGCUUUGGAGAAUAGUACAAGUUUGUAGAUUCACUUCACUGAUUUUUUGUUUCAAAUCUUUCCUUUUUAUCUUUUCUUCUUUUUUUUUACCUUACCUGCACACGUUUAUGUUUUCGAUUUGUAUCCUUGAGAAAUGUUUAUUCUUGCCACUUAAACACAAAAGAGGGUGGUCCAAUCUUCCCACGUUGAGCCAGUUCCCCGGAAAUGUGUCCAUGUGCUUGGCUGACCUUUUUCGCCGUGUCGCACUCCUUUUUACCGCGCUUUUCGACGUCAUCAGCUCUGCCGACGAAGAGAAAAAGACGUCUUCUAGACGGAUGAGCAGUUGAAAGACGAAAAAAUGACAAUUAUCGAUUUCCGGCGCCUGUUCCACUGAGGACGUCGCAGUCUUUUCUCACAUGCGCUAGCCUUUGCUCUCUUCCAAAGAUCGGAGGAAAACGGAGAAAAGACCUUUUGCGUUCUUCAUUCGUGUUCUCCCGCUCAUCUUUCAACCGAGACUUCGCUGCUCAAAAACGAUAUCGAAGCUUGAAAAAGCCUGAACCCCGAAUCAUAUUAGGACACAUAAAAAAAAUCGUUAGGUUCAAUGAAAUUCAGACGGAAAGGGGCCUGAAUUGAUUUUCAGGCUCUCUACUUUUACCGCCCAGAAAUUUCUGGGAGCAUAAAAAACAUUUAUUGAAUGAAAAAAAUAUUUUAGGAUUGAAAAUAAACAAAUGUUUCCUUCCAGCCAAUCCUCAUGCCUCGAAGUGGACUGCGGGUUUUCGAAAGAUAUUCCUGCUGGCUGUCGCUCGAACCAUUCAAAUUGAGUUCGUCGCCGCCCCCGCUCAUUACUGUUUUGAAGAGUACGAGGUGAUCAUUUAACUUUCUCAGAGUACGCAUUUCCAUGAUAGGAACAUUUCUGGCACAUGAGAAGUGAGUUCGCCGCUUUUCCAAACAUUUUCUAUUGCCUAGUGAAUGACUGAUUCGACUCAGGUUCGACUCUUGGAUGGAUCUGGCCUCGAACUUCUCCAUUCGACAAUCCUCCGAGCUGACGAGAUGAGAACUGAAGUUAUCAACGGGAAAACUAUCACUUUCGGAGAACACAACUUCACCGGACUCUCCGUAAUACCUUUUGCCCUGGAGCUCUUCGCAAUUAGCGAGUUCAGUUGAACACGGACUACAUUCCUUCGGUGAUUCCCGUGGAGACGUCUUCCGACGGCCGUUGCCUCUGUCCCACGAUCCACAACACGGCAUGCAGUUGUGUCGCCGCCGACUGGAAGACCGUCCGACUCAGCAGUCAGUUCCCUCUUCUUUUUCUUUUUCCCGAGGUGUUUUAUGAAAUGAAUAUUUUCAGAGGUCGAAAAGCCGCCGCAAGUCGUGUCGAGCAUUCCAAAAGAUGUCAAAGAGCCCGAGGGAAGCAAUUGGUGCGUUUCUGAUAAUCCACGUAAAAGCUUUGUCAUGCUCAUUGAACUUAGUAGGCUUUCGGAAUAGCUGAUAAUAUUGUCGGGAGAAAUUUUUUGUAUCUGCAUAGACUAUUCGCUUUCACCUGGCUGCUCUGACGAAGAGUGCUUUUCCUGCGUCUAUUUGAGAGUUAGAAAAAACUAUUCACAACAGGAAAUAUAUAUAUUUUUUCAAUUUAUUGCAAGCUUUUAUUCAAAGAAUCAUUUUUUGUCUGUUAGGUUCCUAGUAUUAAACGGUUUACUUUACUGUAAACCAAUGAGCUUGAGUUACCAGAAAAAAUAAAGAAAUUUUCACAUAGAAGCCCGUGUUCGGAGUUCAGGUACGUCUUCGCGGUGUUGUCGGUGUUGGUCCUUCUCGGAGGGAUCUGUGUUCUGACGUUCUUGGUCGUCGGAUGCUACCGCAAGUACGAGAAAAGCGGCAAAAUGGUGCGUAUCCGGUUCAUCUCCGACCAGCCGCCGCCGCAUUCGCAGACUUCGACGCCGCUCAUCUACAACGGUUUUUCGUCGAGUGAUUCCCGACUAAUCAAAGAGUUUCAGCCAAGAACUCGGCGUUGAUCAUCUACUCCCACGACUGUGCUCUUCACGAAGCCGCCGUCUGCGCCUUCGCCGACCUCCUCCGCAACGCUUUGGGGCUUGACGUCCAUGUCUGUUUUCAGAUUCUUCUUGAAUUUGUGCAAGAUAAAAACAAAACCUGGAGAAAAAGCUAUGAGAGAUUUGAGAAAAAAAAAACUAUAUGAGUUUUGCUAUGAAAAGUUUGUUGAAUGGUUUGAUUAGAGGUCGAGUAGAUUAUAAGUUGUUGAGACGCGCUAUUUGGAAAAGAAUCUUCAAAUGAAUUCUUUGAAAGAAAAUGCUGAGAAAAAAGCAGUAAAACACUUAAGAUGGUAGACCCUUUCUUUAACUCGGUCGUUGCUUGGUUUCGAAGUUUUUUUUUUUACUCAAAUAAGUUUUCCAGUUGGAUGCCUACGACGAAGAAGACAUUGAAAGGAACCGAUCAGACUACAUCAAUGCAAGUAUCGUCAGGGCGGAUAAGGUAGAAAGGAAAGAAAAUAAAAGCUACAUUGAGGAAUUCAGGUGAUUGUGAUCAACUCCGUGGGGGCCUACCAGCGAGUUCUGGCCCGACAACUGCGACAGCCGGCCAUCGAAAGGCUCAGUCCUGGACAAAACGACGCCUUGUUCCUCCAGCAGAUCGACCUCGCCUUGCAGUUCGUGCCCCUCCUCGAGUCCUCCGUCUACUUUUGCUUCAGACACGUUCGCGUCAUCUCUGUGCGAUUCUCCUACACGCCGUCCAAGUACACGUUGUUCGCGUUGUCGCCGCUGCUGCAGUACACGAUUCCGGACAACCUGAGUCUUCUGGCGGCGUCGAUCUGCGACGGCGACCGUCAGAACGAGACCCGUCUCGCCGGAUACCACGCCGACCUUUCCCGGCUUCACGCCGCCGCCACUCGCAUGGCUCACUACGUCGAAAGCGAACCCAAAUGGUCAGCUGUCGUUUCUUUUCGAGCAUCAGGAUAAGUGGGAGAAAGAUCAGGCGACUCUAUAGUUGUUGGGCGAAUAUCAACGCAGAUAGAACAAAUGAAUACACAUGAAAAAAGAAAGCCAAAAACCGACUUUUCAGGUUUGAAAAGACUCAUCACCGUACGAUAGAGGGUCCAGUGAGAUCAUACAUUCACAAGAAUUUGGAAGAGACGACUUCAGAAUUGGAAGAAGUGCCAGAAAACUCUAACGAAACGCAAGAACUUCUGCUAGAUCCGCAUGCAAUUCCGGUCGUUGGCGUCAGUUUUUCGUUUGAAUCAAGACCCACCAUGAAAAAAAUUCUGCGUAUUCCAAAAGACAACUCUUUUCAGGCGGUCGGUCAGAAAAUGGACUCUCUAGAUUCUUCACGUUUCGACUCGGCCUACAUGAGCGGCGAACUGUCCCAACAAAUCGAAGCGCAGCUCGAGGUUCACCUCUCCUUCAGGGACGAAAAAAACGAGACCUUUGAAAGUUCAGGUUCGAGAUAAGCCGCGGUUAGAAGCUCGCAGAAAACACGAAGAAGUUUCGGGGACUUUCGACUCGGCCAUCGUCGAAGACAUAGACUCGCGUUUAUAUGUACAAUGA